AUUCGUCGAAAUGGAGGCUAACAUUAACACCAAUAAUUCUGCCAACUGGAUUCAAUUAUGUACUACAAGAGAAGUGGAUACAAUUCACAGGAGUGACAAUGACAAGUUAUACCUUGAAGCCGAAAAGUUUGUUGACAAACUUAUACCGACUAUAUGUCUUUUCGGAAUUGUUGGAAAUCUCUUGAAUAUAAUUGUAUUAACUCGGAAGCAACUGCAAAGUGUUAUGGAUCGACUGGAAAAAUCAGCCCACGAUGGACUUUUAGCUUUAUCCGUUAGCGAUCUAUGCUAUUGUUUGUCAAGUUUCCCAUUAUAUUUACAAACUGAUUCCAAUAAGUAUACGCAUAUGUUUAUGGAAAAUUCGUUCAUGGUUUACUAUUCAAUGUACAAAGGUUACGUAUUCAAUGUGUUUAUGAUGUGCAGUGCCUGGCUGACUAUUGUUAUGGCUGCAAGUAGGUAUGUUGCAGUUUGUCACGCUUUACAAGCGAGAAGAGUAAUCUCCGUAAAGUGUACAAGAAUAGCCAUCAUACUGUGUUUCGUUGUGUCAUCGGUUUUCAAUACUCCAGAUUUAUUCGGUGUUAAACGAUACAAAUGUCAUCCACCAAUUAACUGUACAUGUUAUUUUGUUGAUUAUCCUAAUCCUUUCGGAAGCAAAAUGAUCCAUAAAGCAUAUAUUUACCUUCAGCCUAUCUUAAUUACUUUUAUACCUCUAUGUAUUUUGUUAGUGUGUAAUAUCUUUCUACUUAUAGAAUUAAAAAGAUCAGCAAGAAUGAGGCGUCUACACGUCAUACAAGCAACAUCUUCGACUCCUAGGUUGAGAGUAACCUUGACUUUAAUCUCUAUUAUUUUGCUCUUUAUUUGUUUCGUCUUUCCUUCGGAAGUUUUUAAAUUUUUGAAAUCUGAACCUCAAGUGCAUCAAAAGUUCGAUAAUUCAAAACAUAUUGCCAAUACUAUAUGUAAUGGGAUGGUGGCCGUCAAUUUCUCCGCAAACUUCUUCCUCUACUGUUUUGUUAAUCCAAACUUUAGGAGUACAAUGAGAAACAUGCUAUGCGGUAGAUUAAAGCAGAGUAACGGAAUUUAUAGUGGAGUUGGUGGUCAUACAAUAAUAGCCACUUCAAUGACAGAAGUAAAUGCCAUAGGUAUAAGAAAAGUAAAAGGAAGCGGAGGGAUAGGAGGAGGUGGAGGAGUAGCAGGAGGAGGAGGAGGGGGAGGAGGAAGUGAUAAAUGUGAAAUGACACUAUUGCCCAAGAGUCUCUAAAGAAGAUUAAAAAAAAUUAAAAAUAACUUUUUCAAAUAAACAAACAAACUGUAUGAGAAGAACAGAAAAGUUAUGCUUUGUAUAACAAACUAUUAGUAUAUAUUUAUAUAUAUUUUGUUCGUUUUUCUCGUUGUCCGGUGAUGCAGAAGCAAUGUAUAAUGAACAGUAUUUUUUUCCGUUCUCUUUUUAUACAAAACAAUAUACAAAUGUAUAAAAUUUUCAUUCAAA